UUUUCUCCUCACUUUUCUGUGUGCUCAGUUUGACUCUCUUCUUCUAUCCCAUGCCUUGUCGACCUGAUCCCCAUGUGAUCCGAUUCUUUGAGUUCCGUUUCGGACCUUACCGUCGUUUCUAUUUUAUUACUUCCGUCAAACAGUUAGAACAGAGCUCCCCCAAAAAAAACACGUUUUACUUUCUUACUCAGAUCGAUCCCUUUUUUUGUCCGUUUCAAUUUAAGAAAGAUUCUUGAUCUUUCUCCCAAAAGAUCUGAUUUUCUUCGUUGGAUGGAUCAUAAUGACAACAAGGUGAACAAAGCGAUGACGUCACUACCCGGUAUGUCCGACAUCGUAUUAGGCUGCGUGAUGCCGUACAUCGACGACCCUAAAGACCGCGACGCCGUUUCUCUUGUUUGCCGGCGGUGGUACGAGCUCGACGCGUUGACUCGCAAGCACUUGACCAUCGCGCUCUGUUACACGACUAGUCCCGAUCGGUUGAGGCGUCGGUUCCCCCACUUGGAAUCGUUGAAAUUGAAAGGGAAGCCUCGGGCGGCGAUGUUUAAUUUGAUACCUGAGGAUUGGGGUGGGUACGUUACGCCGUGGGUGAAUGAAAUCGCGGAGAAUUUUAAUGGCUUGAGGUCCGUGCAUUUCAGAAGGAUGAUUGUAAAAGAUUCGGAUCUGGAGGUUUUGGCUAGGUCUAGAGGGAAGGUUUUACAGGUUUUGAAGCUUGAUAAAUGCUCUGGCUUUUCUACUGAUGGUCUUUUGCACGUUGGCCUCAUGUGCCGGCAAUUAAGAACCUUGUUCUUAGAAGAGAGUUCAAUUAUUGAGAAAGAUGGUCAAUGGCUUCAUGCGCUUGCAGUAAAUAACUCGGUUCUCAUGACUUUAAACUUUUACAUGACAGAUCUUGUCAAAGUGAGUUUUGAAGACCUUGAACUCAUCGCCCAAAAUUGUCGUAACUUGGCCUCUGUGAAAAUUAACGAUUAUGAAAUUUUGGAUCUUCUUGGUUUCUUUCGUGCUGCUUCUGUCUUGGAAGAAUUUUGUGGCGGUUCAUUCAAUGAACAACCAGAAAGGUAUAGUGCUGUAUCAUUUCCGCCAAGGUUAUGCCGUUUUGGUUUAUCCUACAUGGGGAAGGAUGAAAUGCCAAUUGUGUUUCCAUUUGCAUCUUUGCUUAAAAAGUUGGAUCUCCUUUAUGCAUUACUGGACACAGAAGACCAUUGCUUGUUAAUCCAAAGGUGCCCCAACUUAGAGGUUCUUGAGGCUAGGAAUGUUAUAGGAGAUAGAGGAUUAGAAGUUCUAGCUCGAAGCUGUAAGAGACUAAAGCGGCUUAGAAUCGAGCGUGGUGCUGAUGAACAGGGAAUGGAGGAUGAAGAAGGUGUUGUUUCACAAAGAGGAUUAAUGGUUUUAGCUCAGGGAUGCAUUGAAUUGGAAUACUUGGCUGUUUAUGUAUCUGACAUCACCAAUGCUGCAUUACAGUACAUUGGGACAUACUCAAAAAAUCUGUGUGAUUUCCGUCUGGUUUUGCUUGACAAAGAAGAAAGGAUAACAGAUUUGCCUCUUGACAAUGGAGUACGAGAUCUAUUGAGGGGCUGCGAAAAGCUUAGAAGAUUUGCUCUGUAUCUCCGACCUGGUGGUUUAACUGACGUGGGACUUGGUUAUAUUGGACGAUAUAGUCCAAAGGUAAGAUGGAUGCUUUUGGGGUAUGUCGGGGGAUCCGACGCCGGGCUAUUGGAGUUCUCAAAGGGAUGCCCUAGCUUGCAGAAACUAGAAGUGAGGGGUUGUUGUUUCAGCGAGCGUGCACUAGCAGCUUCUGUGAUGCAACUAACUUCUUUGAGGUACUUGUGGGUGCAAGGCUAUAGGGCAUCAGAAUCUGGUCGCGAUCUGUUAGCAAUGGCUCGGCCAUUUUGGAAUAUUGAGCUAAUUCCUGCAAGAGUAGUAGUUAUGGCUGAUCAGAAUGUGCUUGAGCAGCCGGCUCAGAUACUGGCAUAUUACUCCCUAGCAGGAACAAGAACAGAUUUCCCUGAAAGCGUGAUUCAUUUGGAUCCAUUAGCCACCGGAGUAGAGCUGUAAUAAGAUUGUGUUUUUCCCCUGUAACU